GCUAAAUUUCUUUGUUAUAGUUAUAACAGUGAAAGUCAUUGCGAAGUAAUAACGAUAGUUCAAGAUGAAGUCGUUGGAGUUGAUCGUCACCUGUGUCGUGAUACUUCACAUCCUGAAGCCUUCUGAUGGCAUAUUUCACCCUGGCAAACAGCUUUUGAACGUAAUAUCGAACCUUAAGUAUCUCCAACGGAACGAUCAUCCUUGCGGCUCUCCGGAAGUCCUAAUCCCCAUGUUGAAAGGCAAAGACCCGGUGAAACCUUCUCAACUCGGAAUGAUGAUGGUCUACAUGAACAGGCUAAAUAUAACCGAUCCCCCAGGCCUGGAUUCGAUCUUCGAUUCCCUAAAAAAUCUGAUGGAUCAGGGAAUGACACCCUCCGACGUAGCUGCUUACAACGCGUGGAAGUCCCGACUAGAAGUCUACGUGUCAACCAUCAACGCCCUCUACGACCGCUUCACGACCCUCCGGAAGGACGAGGCGCCCAUUAAUGUUGACGACUGGAUGGCCCUGGCUACCGACAUCGAGGAGACCAUGCCCUCCAACCUGACCGCCUUCCGCGCAGAACUUCUGAACCGCCGAAAUCAACCAGGGGACCCUCCCCUUCUGACGGACCUCGUCCACUCGAGCGCCCGCGUGAUGACCAGUCGCUGCACAGAUGCCUUCGCCAUGAAUGGGUUUUUCAAUCUGCUUUCGAACCUGGUGUUUAUGACACAGUUGAAGGCUACGGUUCCCCAAAUUUUUUCAUCAUUACUGCGAAAUUGUAAUGGCACUGUCAGGAAAGAUAACCUGAAUAGGCUGGCCACCCAGCACAGAGACGGAUACCUAGAAAUUGUGAGAGGUCUGAAAGACGCCCUAAUAUUUCUCCCCGACAGUUUGGUCCCAUGUUAUUCAUCCAAUGAGGGCCCUAUUCGAGGUCAGGAUUACUAUGAGCUAGAGAUCUCAGAGCAACUCACAGUUCAACAAUUUCCGGAUCCUGAGGGCCACAAGAGCUGUUCAGCAGCUCAGCAGGCCCAAUCGCUGACGAUUCAGUCCCCGCGUGACGUUUGUAACGGCACUUUAUAUGAUUGCGAAUAUUCUGAGUGGCUAGAGGCGUGUCGACUGGAGAAUAGUACGAAGCGGUAUGAGUGGAUUAAAUCAGCACAUGGAAAUUAUGGUGAAAUUUUGGAGGAAUGUCCUGGUGGGAGUAUUUUUUACUAUAGAAGGGAGAGGAAUCCUCUCAUUGGUCAUUGUGUUUGCAAGUGUCAGGAAACUGUUAAUCACAUAAGUGUUACACCAGCUAUGACGGAUCAAUCAGCUCAUAUGGUUUUAACUGGUUUUCGAUUUGUUCUUGAAAACGGAGUUCUUUACCUACAAGUGAAACAAGGAAAGAUGCUUCCGGGUGAGAAAAUUGAUGCUGCAUCGGAAGAGUGGGUUCCCCUACCAAAGGAUCCAAAGUUGGUACCAUUAAAUUCCCAAAACAGCAAUUUCCAUAUCGGUGACGUAAUGACCGACAUGAGUGACGCGCCAGUUGGAAUUUCCUUCGUCAAAAACAACAAUGGCUUCUACCUUCAGAUGCAUGCGGUUUCGUAUGAGUACUAUCACGGCGUCUUUCCGGCGUACCCUCGCGACGUUCGUCCUGCCCAGCGAAAUCAGCCCGAGACAUAUGUCAAAUUUCAAUUGUCUAAUCGAGGGGAUAAGACAGUAGGACAAGUGUUACCAUUGCUGAAUGCUAAAGCUGCUGAGGCUGACCCACCAGUGCUAUUGGGAGGCCUUGGAAUUGCAUACGACAGCACAUUAGGAGGGAUGAUUUCGCCGCGAAUUAAGGGCUUUGAUUUCAGUGAUAUAUUUAAAAGAAUUGAGGAUGACAGAUUAUACAGAUAAGAUGUACCCAAAUAUUCUACAAUUGCGAUAGUGAUUGAUUAAAUAAAUAAAUAUUUUCUUCAAGCAAA